CGAAUUCACCAGACCUAAAUCCAAUUGAGGAUAUUUGGAAGGUGUUAAAGGAUAAUGUCCAAAAUUGUGAAGCUUUUCUGCGGUCUGUAGAUGAACUUAAAAUCGAGUUAAAGAAGGAAUGGGAAAAACUUGAUCCUUCUGUUUUUGAAGAUGUUAUUUCCUCAGUGCCAAGAAGAAUUGAAGCAGUAUUUAAAUAA